AUGCCUGCCUCGCCCACAGACGAGGGUGAAGCCAGUCUGGAAUGCCUGACGGACGACGAGGACCCGUGCAUCAACACGGACCCGAGCGCCAUCAUGCUCAAUCAGCUGGUGGAAGGUUGUGGAGGUGAUCGAAGCUUGAAUGGCCUGCUUCCGCAUGCCCAGUUCUGA